AUGACGGACAAAACGGCAAAGUACAAGACGGAGAUCCAGCAGAUGAUGUAUGUUUCUGGGGAAACAGCAGAAGCAUCAUCUGAGACUACUGGUAUGAUAGAGGAGAUCGUUCGACAACAAGUUAUUGAAAUGCUUCGUCAAUGUACUGAACAAGCAUCCCGCCGCGGGAGUCGUUCAAUAUCCACCGACGAUUUAAUUUUCCUGAUUCGCCACGAUCAAGCUAAGGUCUCUCGUCUCCGAACCUUUCUUUCCUGGAAAGACGUCCGUAAAAACGUCAAAGACUCGGACGAAAAGGGCGGCGACGCAGAUAUCGGAGCCGGUGACGAACCCGUCGGAGCCAAUGCCCCCAUCCCAGAUACCACGAAGAAAAACAAGAAAGCCAAAGUCGGUCUCCCAUGGGAAGUCCCCUCGUUAUACAGCCAAGAGGUACCCGAGCGCGAAGACGAAGAAGAUGAAGACGAGGAAGAAAUGAAUUACGCAACUUUACAGCGUCUCAAGAAAGCCGACGAACGCACCAAGGCCAUGACGAAAGAAGAAUAUGUUACCUGGUCUGAAUAUCGUCAAGCUUCGUUUACCUUCCGUAAAGGAAAGCGAUUCAAGGAAUGGGCCGGCUUUGGCGUCGUCACGGAUUCUAAACCUAACGAUGAUAUUGUAGAUAUCCUCGGGUUCCUGACCUUUGAAAUCGUGCAGACAUUGACGGAAGAAGCUUUGAAGAUCAAGGAACAAGAAGACUUGGGUAAGGAGAAGAGCGGUGGUGAACAAACAGGCAAGAAGAGAAAGGUGCAAGGAUUGUUUGAUCCGCCAAGUGAGGGAAGAACUCCGGUCGAGACGAGACAUAUCCAAGAGGCGUUUAGAAGAUUACAGCAGAGGCCAACGAAACAGAGAGCGAUGUGUAACUUUACUAGAGGUCUGAAUAGGACGCCUUUGAAAUUGUUCUAA